AUGGCCACGUUAGCCAUUGGCGUUCUCACUCGCACUCGCAAUUCUUCUUCUUCUUCUUCCAACUUCUUUUCUCGCACCUUCAAUCAUUUCACCAUAAAGUUCGUAUCUUUCAAAACCCCACAUCAACGACGUCGUUUCUUCUGCUGCAGCAGCAAAAGGGCAAUGACAUCUUCACCAGCCACCAUCCCUUCCAUUUCCGAGAGAAUGACCGCACCCUAUGGCUCCUGGAAGUCCCCCAUCACCACUGACGUCGUCUCCGGCGCCGCCAAGAGGCUCGGGGGAACCGCCGUCGAUGCACGCGGCCGCCUCGUUUGGCUGGAAUCACGUCCAGCGGAAUCAGGACGGGGGGUUCUUGUGGUUGAGGCGGAAAAUCCGGGAGGUGAGAGUGUGGACAUUACACCUAAGGAGUUUGGAGUGAGAACAUUGGCUCAGGAAUAUGGAGGUGGUGCUUUUACUGUUUCAGGGGAUGUUGUCUUCUUUGCAAAUUACAAAGAUCAAAGGUUGUACAAGCAGUCCAUCGGUUCUCUGGAUGUGCCUCCUGUACCUCUUACUCCGGAUUAUGGUAGCCCAGUAGUCAGCUAUGCUGAUGGAAUAUUUGACACACGUUUUAACCGUUUUGUAAGUGUAAGGGAAGAACCGCAGGUACUAGUUGGGGGUAGUGACUUCUAUGCUUUCCCACGUCUUGAUCCAAAAAGUGAACGAAUAGCUUGGAUUCAGUGGAGUCAUCCCUACAUGCCAUGGGAUAAAUCAGAACUUUGGGUUGGGUAUAUUUCUGAAAAUGGAGAGAUUCACAAGCGAGUGUGUGUUGCUGGGAAUGAUCCUGCAGUUGUGGAGUCUCCAACUGAGCCCAAGUGGUCUUCUGAUGGGGAGCUGUUUUUCAUCACGGAUAGGGGAAAUGGUUUUUGGAAUCUCCAUAAAUGGAUUGAGUCUGAGAACAAGGUCUUGCCUGUUUAUUCUUUGGAUGCUGAGUUUGCAAGGCCACUUUACAGACAGCAGGGGAAGUCAUAUCUUGGAAUUAUUGAUGAUGUGCAGUGCUCAAAACUAACUGUGCUGGAUAUCCCUUUCACAGAUAUAGAAAACAUUUCGUAUUGUGCAAUCAUGCCAUUGCAGACUUCUGGUAAUGAUUACCUAUAUGUGGAAGGAGCAUCUGGUGUUCAUCCAUUAUCAGUGGCUAAGGUGACUUUGGAUAAUGAUAAAUCAAAAGCAGUUGACUUCAACAUUAUUUGGUCAUCCUCACCAGAUAGUUUGAAGUAUAGUUCUUACUUCAGUAAACCUGAGUUGAUUGAAUUCCCAACUGAAGUUCCUGGUCAAAAUGCUUAUGCAUACUUUUAUCCACCAUCUAAUCCUGAUUUUCAAGCUACUGAAGAUGAAAAGCCUCCAUUAUUAUUAAAGAGCCAUGGAGGACCAACUGCUGAAGCUCGUGGAAUUUUAAACUUGAGCUUUCAGUACUGGACUAGUCGGGGUUGGGCUUUCGUUGAUGUUAAUUAUGGUGGAAGCACUGGUUAUGGCAGGGAGUUCCGAGAACGGCUUUUGGGGCGAUGGGGAAUAGUUGAUGUCAAUGACUGUUGUAGUUGUGCUACAUACUUGGUGAACAGUGGAAAGGUAGAUGGGGAGCGGAUUUGUAUCACAGGGGGCUCUGCUGGUGGGUAUACUACCCUAGCUGCUCUUGCUUUUAAAGAAACUUUUAAGGCCGGUGCUUCUCUGUAUGGUGUGGCUGAUGUGAACAUGUUGAGAGCAGAAACUCAUAAAUUCGAAUCCCAUUAUAUUGAUAGACUGGGUGGAGGUGAGAAGCAGUGCUAUGAAAGAUCACCAAUCAAUCAUGUUGACAAAUUUUCUUGUCCCAUUAUUUUAUUUCAAGGGUUGGAGGACAAGGUUGUACCACCAAAACAAGCUCGGAAAAUUUACCAGGCUCUAAAGGAAAAAGGUGUGCCAGUUGCUCUUGUUGAGUAUGAAGGAGAACAACAUGGUUUCCGAAAGGCUGAGAACAUAAAGUUCACACUCGAGCAACAAAUGGUCUUCUUUGCACGAUUGGUUGGACACUUCAAUGUUGCUGAUGAUAUUACUCCCAUCAAAAUUGACAACUUUGAUUGA